AGUUUUGAUUGUUGCUGCGUUAAGCCGUGUCAAUAACAGUAACGCCGUUACACUCUCUCCCUCUCUCUCUUUGAAUUUGCUCUCUAUUCAUUGUGAGGUGCAUACAACAAGUGCAAAAAUAACAAAAAUUACAACACAUUAGAGGAACUAUUCACAUAGAAUUGUUUCUCAAUUAUUUGGUGUUUAUUUAAAAAAAAAUUCAAUUGUCAAGUGAUUUGAGUUGACAUAAUACUUCAUUUCAACUCCGUCAUUAUCGGGUAAAAAAAAGUUGAAAAAAUUUCAAUUUGAAUAAAAAUCAGCCAGUGGCAGUUACACCAAAAAAAAAAAAAAAAGAGAAGUGUUAAUCACAUUCAGCAGCUAAUUAAAUUUUCCUUCCAAUUUUCUUCGCUCGAGUAAAACUCACAUAAAAGAUCGAUAUGGAGGCCCCAGAAUUCCGUGAUUUCGCCAAAUCGAUGGUAGAUUAUAUUGCUGAAUAUUUGGAAAAUAUCAGAGAUCGUCGUGUCCUGGCCAAUGUAAAACCUGGCUAUUUGCGUCCCCUGAUUCCUGAUUCGGCUCCCGAAAAACCCGACAACUGGCAAGAUGUGAUGAGUGAUAUUGAGCGGGUCAUUAUGCCAGGUGUGACACACUGGCAUAGUCCCAAAUUCCAUGCCUAUUUCCCCACCGCCAAUUCCUAUCCCGCCAUUGUGGCUGAUAUGUUGAGUGGAGCCAUUGCCUGUAUUGGAUUCUCAUGGAUUGCCAGUCCCGCCUGUACCGAAUUGGAGGUUGUCAUGCUUGAUUGGUUGGGCAAAAUGAUUGGUUUGCCCAAAGAGUUCUUGGCCUGCUCUGGAGGCAAGGGAGGUGGUGUCAUUCAAGGCACGGCCAGUGAAGCCACUUUGGUGGGCCUGUUGGGCGCCAAGGCCAAAAAGAUCCAGGAAGUUAAGAAAGAACAUCCCGAUUGGACUGAUGAUAUGAUUGUCUCCAAAUUGGUGGGCUAUAACUCAUCGCAGGCCCAUUCCUCGGUGGAAAGAGCUGGUCUCUUGGGUGGUGUGAAAAUGCAUUCCGUGCCCUCGGAUGACAAGAACAGUAUGCGUGGUGAGGCCCUGGAGGCGGCCAUUAAAAAGGAUUUGGAGGCAGGACUCAUACCAUUUUAUGCCGUUGUUACCUUGGGCACCACCAACAGCUGUGCCUUUGAUCGCCUGGAUGAAUGCGGUCCCGUGGGCAAUAAAUACAAUGUAUGGAUCCAUGUUGAUGCCGCCUAUGCCGGUUCCGCCUUUAUUUGCCCCGAAUAUCGCCAUCUGAUGAAGGGCAUUGAAACGGCCGACUCGUUCAAUUUCAAUCCCCACAAAUGGAUGUUGGUGAACUUUGAUUGCAGUGCCAUGUGGUUGAAGGAUCCCACCUGGUUAGUGGAUGCCUUCAAUGUUGAUCCCUUGUAUCUGAGACAUGAUAUGCAAGGUUCUGCUCCCGAUUACAGACAUUGGCAAAUUCCAUUGGGCCGUCGUUUCCGUGCCCUGAAACUGUGGUUUGUUUUGCGUCUCUAUGGUGUGGAAAAUCUACAGGCUCAUAUUAGACGCCACUGUAAAUUUGCUCAAGAAUUUGCGGCUCUUUGUCGUGCCGAUGAUCGUUUUGAAAUUGUCGGAGAUGUGAAUAUGGGUUUGGUGUGCUUCCGCCUCAAGGGUGCCAAUGAAUUGAGUGAGAAUCUCUUGAAAUUGAUUAAUGGUCGUGGUAAUAUCCACAUGGUACCGUCCAAAAUUCGUGAUGUCUACUUCAUACGCAUGGCAUUGUGUUCGCGCUUUACCAAAUCCGAGGAUAUGGUUUAUUCGUGGAAUGAAGUCAGUGCUGCAGCCGAUGAAAUGUUGAAAAAGUAAGCGAAUGAAGGAAGAAAGCCGUGCAGAUAACAGUAUUUACGUCAUGUUUAGCUGCAACAUUUUCGUUUACUUAAUAAGUUUUAAAGAACUGGGACCAUACUUGCAACAUAUUUAGGGAAUUUAAAUGUGCUUCAUGUUUUUUUUUAUAUAUACACAUACAUAUAUCAUAAUGUUUUUUUGUUAGUUUUUAAGAUGUUAAAAAUGUGUAAUUCAUAUAUGUACACUAUAUAAAUAAGUAAAAUAAUUAGUUGAUUGUUGUUAAUUUAAUGUCAUUUAAAAAUUAGGACACCUUAAAAAGAACAAAAAGAAAAAAAGAUUCCAAAAUACUCAA